UUUUCUAUGAACAAAAAAUACAUGGACCGAAACACAACACCAAAGGGAGAAAAAUGUCAUCAUCCACUUGAUUUGAGACCUGAAAUUUCAAACCAAACAAAAAUAAUUAUUAUAUUCGAGUAGAGUUGGAAAAAUGAGCCAAGCAUUAAGCACAGUUUCCAGCUUAAUUACAAGAUCAUCAACACUUAAAUUUUCUAAGCCUAACAAAAUUCAUACACAAUGUCUUAAUGUUCGUAUGAUUUCUGUAUCUCCUCAAAAUGUCUCAGUUGAUGCACCAAUAUCUCUUACUCCGACUCCACGAAGAGAUGCUAUUAUAUUGGGAGUUGCAUUGGGGGUAGCUGUUGCAGCAUUGGGGCUAAAUAUUAGUGACAAAGCAUUGGCAGCAGCAAGAAGACCACCCCCAAAAACAGAAGAACAAGAGAAAAAGGACCCAAAUGUAAGUGGGGUCCUAGCCAAAGUUCUAGCUAGUAAAAAGAGGAAGGAAGCCAUGAAACAAGCCAUGGCUCAGCAAAGAGAGAGGGGAAAGAAAAUUGAGGAACCACCCUCUACUUCAUCCCCUUCUUCCCUAGAGUCCCCACCUUCUUAAUUUUUGUAUCUAAAGUGAUUAUAUAUGUGUAACCACACAUAAUUAGUUUUUUAAAUAUAUACUCUAAUUUCAAUAAUCUUUCAUUAAUUCUUUCUACAAGUUCAUAUAUAUUAGGGCGUGUUUUCAUACGUUAUUUUCAGUUCAUCUCAGCUCAGUUCAGCUCAACUCAGCUCAGUUCAGUUCAGCUGAGUUCAAUUUAUGAGAACAAGCCCUUAAAGUUUAAGUCAAUCAUGUGGAAUGUACUAAUUGUGUUAAUAUUAGCAUGAAGUCUAUAUACUUUAAAGAGA